AUGUCGUUAGACGCAGAGGCACCACGAACGGCCGCCGAGAUGCCGGCGAUCAGCGAUAAAACCGCCACCAAUUUCACUGCGGCUUGGCUGUUGAAAUCGACGUCGAGCGAUAGCGAACCGAACGACUGUGCACCGGACGUGAAAACAGGAAGCAAACGCGUUACCGAUACGGUCAACCGCGACCAAAGGGGAUUCAAUCCGAAAAAACGACGUAAACAAACGAAUCCCACGCGGAUCUCGUCCGACGGGGAAAACGCGAACGUAACCAACGGUAAUAAUAACGAACGCGCCGCGGCGCCGUUAUUGUCGCCGGACGCUAACGUGAACGCGACGCCGAAGCAGAACGGCGGCGGGCCGGCAAAAGGCAAAAUGAAAUUGACGGGCCGCCAACACGCCGCCCCGUCCAACGUUCUUCCGUUAAAUCUGACGAAAUCCGGCGGCGCGCAAAAACGAUUGCCGGACGAUUCGAAAAAAACGAUCAAAAACAACUACCCGCUGAACGUCGGCGGACGGCCGCCGCUGAAACAAGAGUCGGCUGCCGAACUGCCAACCAAGUAUUACGCGGCGUUUUCUCAACGAGCUUUCGCCAAAACGAAAAGGGACAACUUUCCGGUGGCGGUCGGACGGCCUUAUGCAAUGCCGCCCGUUAAGAACAACAACCGUCAACCGUCCGGUCACGCGGCAAACGUAAGAAUGUCACCCGUCCCUGUGCAAAUAUUCAAUCCGGAGGCGUUUUGCGAUUUGUGCAACAAGGAAUUCUGUAACAAAUACUUUUUGAAAACGCACAAGGCUAACAAACACGGCAUUUACGGCGACGACGGUCCGUUCGCGGACCAACACGACAAAAGCCAAAAUAAAAUACCGUUGCCUCCGAUUGCCGGCGAUUUACCGCCGAACGACCGCUCCGGAGGAACGUCGCCGUCGACUUCGGCCGCGUUCAGAGGCGCACACGCUCAACCAGCAGCGGCGGCGGCAGGAAAUACGGGCUCGUCGAAAAGCUCGGCCAAUCCACAGAAUCGGGCGUUUUGCAACCUAUGCCAGAAGGAGUUCUGUAACAAAUAUUUCGUCAAGCGUCAUAAGGCCAAAAUUCACGGUUUCACCGUGGACAACGGAGACUAUUGCAAGAACGACCACGGUGUCCCGUUGAAAUUCAAAACCAACGGAGAAACGAGGAAAAACAACGUUUCGACGGAUAUGAACAAAUGCUACGAUAAAAACGACAAGUUCGCGCCGGGUCCGUCCGAAACGCCGAAAAACGUGCGCCCGAAGACGGCGGCGAAAGGUGCGGUCCAAAAACCGGUGGCAAACGAAGCGGCGCCCGUGCAGACGAAGGCGUUCAGAGUCGAAUCGCCGUGUAAUCAAAACAUUAAAGUGGAACGUUCGGACGAACACUACGUGAAUAAAGUACCGAACGGAUUGUACGGCACGACACACGGUCACGGCGAUAACGGCGAGAUCGCGAACAAUUCCACUCGUAACAUAAACGCUUAUUACGGACAAUCGGCGGUACACGAAGAGUUGUCCAAACCGUACGUCGAAAAUAAACCGCGACAGCAGCAGCAGCAGCAGCAGCAGCAGCAGCAGCAACAGUUGCAACAGCAACAGCAGCGACAAUUGCAACAGCAACAGCAAAGACAACUGCAACAGCAACAGCAGCAGCAACAGCAACAGCAACAGCAACAGCUGCAACAGCAACAGCAACAUCAACAGCUACAACAGCAACAGCAGCAGCAACAGCUGCAACAGCAACAGCAGCAGCAACAGCAAAGGCAACAACAACUUUCGAUCGCGGAAUUCGGGAACGGUGCCUGCAACGAUACUCCGAUGAACUUGAUUACUGUGAAUAACGGCGAGCACUACUACGGCGAUAAUCCGAAAAACGAUUACGGUACUGCUGCAAUGGGACGAAAAACCGACGACGCGCACGAACAUACGAAAACCGCGAAUGUCGCCAAAAACAACGACGGAAUUAUUGUUGACGAAAAUAUCGUUACGGCGGCGGCGGCGGCGGACCGGACGGACAAAAGCAAGUUGCUCGCGUUUCACAAUUUCAUUUUUCAACUGAACGAGCGUUCGCUGGAGAACGUAUUGAAAUGUUAUUUGUGUAACGCGCCGGUGGUGGACGGAUCGUUGAAAUCGCACAUUUUCGACAAACACGAACACCUCGUCAGCGAACUGAUGAACGAGACGCUGGAGCUGUGCAACAACAGCGCGGCGACCAACACGCGUGCCGAGUACUCGUGUCACGAUUGCCGGUUGACGUUCGACACGGACGCGUCACUGAAAACGCACUUCGACCAAUGGGAUUGCGGCGACAAAGGUUGCCGGGCGUCCACGGCCAGUCCCGCGGAUGACGACGAACAGCUCGGGCUGCCGCUGCCGUAUUUCGGCAGUCCGGGUGAAACGCAACACUACGCGAUAUUCAGCAGUUUCUGUAAGAUCUGCAACAAAGAGCUGUGCAACAAGUAUUUCAUGAAGACGCACAUGCGCCGGAUGCACGGCAUAUCGAUCAAAAUCGGCAACAACAUCGGCGGCGUGAUGUGCGACAUUUGCAACAAGGAACUGUGCAGCAAGUACUUUCUGCGCGUGCACAAGCAGAACUCUCACGGCGUGGUGGACGCUGGCGGACCCGGCACGAAAAACGGAUGGCAGGUGAUGGGCCCGACGGCGGCCGCCGCAAACGUCGGUGGCUGCGGCGGCAGCGGCGGUUCGCAAGCCGCUGCGGAAGAAACGGACGUCGGCAACAACAGGUACUACAGACACUACACCGAAGUGUGCGGCGUGUGCUUUAGACGGUUCCGGAGUUCGAAGUGGCUGAGCGCCCAUUUGUUGAACGAACACGGCGACGAGGGCAAAACGCAGUGGACGCAAAUACAGAACCAUCACGCGACCGUCGCGGAGCAAAACGAUAAGCAGCAAACGAUUGUCGCUACCGCCGCCGCCACCGUACCCCGGGCAGCGAUUUACGAGACAAACGAACCGAGCUCGGCGACGCCCAGUGUAUACGGUACCGUGCCGCAGCUCGAGCGAAAUUCCGCGAGUCCGGAACAGCGGAGACCGCCGACGAUCGAGGAGAUGAAACACUAUCGGUGUUCGUAUUGCGCGUUCACCACGUCCAUUUUGUCGUUUCUGUUCGUGCACGAAAAAUUCCACUUGGCCGAGCACAGAAACGCCGUGGAAGACGCGCUCGUAACCACACCGAUGCAGACGUGUUCCGUCUGUUGCGCGCAAUUCCCGGACACCGCGCAAUUGGAAAACCAUUUGAUACAUUGGCAUUUCAACAACAACAACAACAACAACAGCAACAAUAACUACACUGGCGCGUUUCCGCCGCCCGGCCCGUCGUGGGCUCCCGUUUCUCGCCGGUCCCCCGUCGCACCGUCGGUUAACUUUGCCCACACAAUCGCCGACAUCGGGUGUCCGCGUUCGGCCGCAUACAAUAACAGCGUCGUCCAGACGUCGGACGUGACGUACGGAAACGACGCGUUCGUAGCCGAACUCGGACCGCCGACGAUCGAACAAACGCCGCCGCCGUGGUAUCGGGCCGGCACAAACGUCGCGGUGCCCAACUACGGCUACGUUCCCAACCACGAGCCGUUUAUAAUGCAGUCGUUCUUCCUGGAAAACGGUUUGGCGACGCCGCCGAUCGAGGCGGAACUGCGGGCGGCCGGCCGAAGCGACCCGUUCCAUUCGUCUCUGGUGUACUUGCCGGUCAAGGAAAAGUUAACGUCCACCGUUAACGUGUUCUUCAAACUGACCCCGACGUAG